CCCGGCGGCUGGAGGGCGGCAGGCGGCGGGGCCGUCCCCUCUGCGAGCUCCCCACUCUGCGGGCGACUCCGCCCGGCCGCCGGCGGCUGCCCAGGGCUCUCCAGCGCGGGGGUGGGGGUGGGCGGUGGGCGCUCCGGAUUGGCCGUGGCCCCGCAGAGGCAGCCAGUUCGGGCCCGGCUCCCCUCGCCCGCCCCCAAUCCCGCCCCAGGCCCUUUGUACAGAGAUUGCGACAAGCUGGAGCAGAAGUUGCAGGUCAUACUGACGUGUCUGAAGCGGGUUUGCGGGAGGAGCGUACCUCCGGAGCCACUCGCUUCACUGGGAUCCCAUUUCCCGCCCUUCGCCCAGCUCCAUGAUCCCACCCAGGCUGCAGGCCGCGGAGACGCGAUGGGACGAAAGCGCGGGCGAAGGAGGGAUUCCCCGCGGGUCUGGCAGCACAGUCCACUCGGGCCGGGGAACCUACACAAAACUUUUCCGGCUUCGAGUUUAGGGCGCGUGCGCGCCAAGUCCGCGGUUGUGGGCGGGCCUUGGCGGGGCGGAGGCGGGGCGAGAGUAGCUCGCAGCUGCGGGGGAGGGGCGAGGCGGGGGGGGGCGCGAGCCUGGAGCGGCGGGGCGCGCGUCCUGGGGGUGGGGGCGGGACGACGAGCGCGCGCGCCCGGGUUCUACGUGGGCAUAGGGGCGGUACGGGGGGCGACGCAGGGGCACGCGCUCCCUGGCUUGCCCGGCGGCCGCCAGCUUCCCGGGCGGGCAGGGAUGGCGCCUCCUCCGCCUUCCCCCCAGCUGCUUCUCCUGGCAGCCCUUGCGGGGCUCCUAGGUCCUAGUGAGGUGGUGGCCGAGCCGGAGGAGGAAGUGGGAGCCCAUUGUCCCGAGGGCCUGUGGCCUCUGCCGCCACAGGUGUCACCGAGAGUGACUUACGCGAGGAGGAGCCGAUGGCAGGCCGAGGAUGUCCGCUUCUUCUACCACCCCUGCACACAUCCUUGGCUGAAGCUCCAGCUUGCCCUCCUGGCCCACGUUUGUGUGGCCCAGCCCUCACUGGCCGCUGACGCUAGCCUUACUCAGGAGCGGCCCCUGGUGUUGGCAGCAUGGGGCGUGGUGCUGGAGAUGGCGUGGAUAGAGCCGGCCCGGGCUACCCACUUGCUGAAGAGGAGGUGGCGGCGGAGGCAGAGGAAGAAGGCGGCAUGGCUCUGCUCUGAUGGGCUUUCUGGGUCCUUGGUGCCAAGGCCAGGUAGAGGGAGGCUGUGCUGGAGAGGGUGUGUGCAGGCUUCAGCUUUGGCCUUUACUCUGUGGAGCUGGCGGCCCCCUGGUGCAGAGGAGGCAACUAGAGGGCCCAGGCACCUGUCUCCUGGUGGUGCCAAGAGGCGGGGGCUGCGGGCUGCCCUUGGUCUCCAGCCCACCCCCUCAGGCCUGAGGUUCUCCUCUGCUUCCCCGCAGAGCCAGGGGCCCCGGCAGCCAAUGUUGGCUGCCCGGGGUGAGGCGCCAUCUGUGCCCACUCCCCCGGUGCUGCCUGAGGGGCUUGGAGGCAAUGCCAGCUCCAGGCUAGAGGCUCCAGUGCCCAAAGGGCAGAGCAGCUCAGGGAGCUGCACGUGUCCAGGGGAGGCUUCCCCAGCCCCUCGGGCGGCGGCGCCUCCGCGGGUGGCCCGGGGCCCCACCCCGCGCACGGAGGAGGCCGCUUGGGCUGCCAUGGCCCUGACUUUCCUGUUGGUGCUGCUCACUCUGGCCACGCUCUGCACUCGGUUGCAUCGAAACUUCCGACGUGGGGAGAGCAUCUACUGGGAGCCCACGGCCGACAGCCAGGACACGGUGGCCGCUGUGCUCAAAAGGAGGCUGCUCAUGCCCCCGCGCCGGGUCAAGCGCUCCCGCCGGAGACCCCUGCUCCCACCCACGCCGGACAGCGGCCCAGAUGGGGACAGCUCCGACUGACCUGCCCUGGCCCUGCCACCGUGGCAGGUUUGCUUUGUCGCCCGGGAGGCCGCGACCUCUGCCACGUGGACCCUGCGCAGGGUCGCCCCCUGGUGGCCAGGCGGAGCAGACCCGCCUCAGCACUGCUAAGGGGCUCGUCCCUGUGGUGUGUUCCACUCUUCCGGUGAGGAAAGGGGCCCUUUCCGCCUCCCUUGCCUGUAUUUCUAAUUAAAUUAUUUUGGUAGA